GCAUCUCCAUCAACUUCUCUCUCCUGAGUCUGAUUUUUCACCUACAUAUUUGGUGUCACGAAAAACAGGUGUUGGCAAGAGCAACGAAGACGAUCCUCAAGGCGCAGCCUGCUGCAGUGGUCCGGUGGUUUCUCUCUCUGUGGCGAAGGUGGCCACCAAUAAAAGGAGGAGAAGGAGGAGGAAGCAGUGAGGCACAUCCCGAAGCAAGAACAAUCCUUCAUCCCCUUCCACCCCCCCCCCACAGCUUUGUGAAACAACCAUCCUGGUGGUUCGAGAUCUGACAACUUAAAUGGGGAGAAAGAAGAAAACCCAUCUGAUGUUUCUUCUUCUGGCUCUGCUUUGCAUCGGCGCUGCGCAAACUGAGAACUGUCCGAGCGACCCAGGCAUCGCUCGCACGGAUCUCUCUUGCGAAAGUGACUACAAUCGUACCAUCACUUGUGUGUGGAACAGCACAUCUGCAUCUGAUCUUCCAGACAAUGUGUGCACAUUAAAAGCCUCAAGGACUUCUAAAUGGAUCAACUACAACGCCGAAUGUAAACUGGAGCCUGUUGACGUCUCCAGACCAACGCUGAGGAAGUGCACCCUGAUCUUCAACAUAGACAGCAGAUUUCAGGGCUACGAGAAUCUGUUCAUGGAUCUGAACUGUAACCCCGGGAACCAAACUCUGAACGUUUACUUCAAGCCAGCUUGUCACAUAAAGCUGAAUCCUCCGCCACAACCACGUAUCAACUUCACCACCGCUUCCUGGUUCUCCCAAGUUGUAUACAAUCCCCGUUUCGAAGAAGAGAUUUACAGCUGCCAACUGCAGUGGAAACACCAGGAUCAGUCGUGGAGUGAAAGCAAUGUUUUAGAUACAAGUUGUAAAUUGGACUGCAGCGUGGAGCUGAACCUCGAUGAACUGAUACAGGGCGAGAGGUACGAGGCACACGUUCGAGCGAAGAUAUAUGGAUAUCAUUACAAGUCAUUGUGGAGUGACUGGAGCCCCACUGCAUCAUGGGUGUCACCCAUAGGAGGAACAAAAGAACCACCUCCAGGUUAAGGUUGUCAAAUAGUGGAAGGCAAGCCAUGUUCAGCUUAGAGCCGUUUGUUUCGUGGCUCUGCCUGAAUUCCUGGGAAAGAAACCAGUUGGAUGAACAAUACAUGUUUUUAAAGUCCGGGUAAAGCAAACAAUAAAUAUGUGUUCUGAGUCACAUCACAGGAAAAUAUGUUAUUAACCACCCAGCCAAAUUUAAAUGAUAAAAAAAACAAAAAACGGCCAACACAUAAAAUUAGGCUUCAAAAUCGUGAAAAAAUAAUCAGUAUUCUCUGCACUGAAUCCACGCCCAAUCGCGGGUGAGGUUUGAUUACAGUUACAGUAACUUCUCGUAGGCCAUCUCACUCCGUCGCACUACUUUUGCAGAAUGUGCUCCAGAGACUUCCGCUGCUAACUCCCUGUUAGCCUUAUGCUAACUCAGGGGUCGGCAACCUUUUACUAUCAAAAGAGCAAAUUUAGCCCAAAUUUUUUAUUAUUUUUUUAAAUCCGUCUGGAGCCACAAAACAUUUGAGCAUUGUGAUGAAGGUAACACAGCUUAUUAAGUCUAAUACAGUGAGGGCCCACGUGCAAAUGAGAGGCAGGACAUUGAAGAAACAUCUCAGGACAUUUGGCUGGAAGCUGCUGCUUGUUCUGGAAAUGUCUUUAAAUGACUUGUUGUCGAAUCUGUCCCGGCACUAUUAAAUUCUCUAUUUUCUUCAGA